AUGUGCCCAACACUGCCUACUCCGCCGAUUUAUCCCUACUUCUGUCUCGGCAUUACUGAUCUCCGCGAAGGAAGUAUUUUAAUUUGUAAUCGGUUCUCGUGGUGUUUGCGUUAUUAACGAGAUUAAUAGAGCAUAAGUAAAAAAGUUUAUUAAUUUUUACAAACGUAUGCUUUUAAAUGUAACUUAUUACUGUAUCGUGUUCGGUUCGAUCAAAAGCACGAUGUUCCGACGAGAAGAUUAAAACCACGUGCUUGGGGAGGCCGACCGUUUUUAUGAAAAAUGAUGUAUUAACACUGGCCAAUUACGUUAAAUAACCGGUUUGCCAGAAAAUAUCAGUUACGAGACAAAGGCUUUUAGUACCAUUGUGAAAAGGCAUGCUGGUGCAGAAUGACGGAAUUUGUGGACGGUUGGAUAUUCGGGCAUACCUUAGGAGAAGGGGCUUAUGGCGAAGUAAAGUUAGUUAUAAAUAAGUCUACGGGUGAAGCUGUUGCUAUGAAAAUGAUAGAUGUACAAAGACAUGUUGAUGCUAGAAAAACUGUUCAUAAAGAAACCACGAUUCAUCGUAUGCUCUCUAAUCCUAAUGUUAUACAGUAUUUUGGAAAACGUAGUGAACCCACUAUGGAAUAUAUAUUUUUAGAAUAUGCAGCAGGUGGAGAACUUUUUGAUAGAAUUGAGCCGGAUGUAGGCAUGCCAGCAUGGGAAGCACAAAAAUAUUUCAGACAAUUAAUCUCAGCUGUUGAAUAUAUUCAUAGCAAGGGAAUUGCACACAGAGAUUUGAAGCCGGAAAAUUUGCUAUUGGAUGAAAACGAUAAUUUAAAAGUUUCCGAUUUUGGUUUGGCAACGGUAUUCCGUUGCCAAGGCAAAGAACGUUGCUUGGACAGAAGAUGUGGGACAGUGCCAUACGUCGCUCCAGAAGUAUUAGUGCGUCCCUAUCAUGCUGAACCUGCUGAUAUAUGGUCGUGUGGUAUAAUUCUUGUUGCUUUACUAGCUGGAGAACUGCCAUGGGAUCAGUCCGUGGCAGAUUGUGAAGAAUAUAUGGCAUGGAGAGAUGGAAAGUAUAUGUCUCUUACUCCAUGGAAAAAGUUGGAUAACAUUUCGUUGUCUCUGAUUAAAAAUGUUCUAAUGCAUUCACCGUCAAACAGAUAUACCGUAAAGGAUAUCAAACAGCACAGAUGGUUCACCAAAAAGUUCCACGAAGGUAAUGAAUAUGUUCGACCGGAUGAAAUCGAUUCAAGACAUGGAUUGGAAGACGAGAACUUAACAAGAUACUGCUUAUCUCAACCCGAAUUACCCACGGUAGAAAGUGCUAGUGCCGUGGGAAUUAAUUUGGAAGAACGGCCUGGAUUCUCAUUCUCACAACCCGCGCAUUUAGAAGACUUGUUGCUGUCUACGCAAGUGCAAAAUAAACAAUUUACUCAAAGCCAGAACACAUUCCAACGAUUGGUACGGCGAAUGACAAGAUUCUUCGUUAAGACGUCAUUGGAAGAAACCGUGAAUAGAUUAACAGAGUGUAUAAAACACGAAAGUUAUACUUAUCGCAUCAAUAACGUUGGCACGAUUACUAUACAAACUGUAGAUAGAAGAAAGAUGCCUUUGUUCUUUAAAGCUAACAUUGUUGAAAUGGAUGGGAAAAUACUAGUAGAUUUUCGAUUGUCCAAAGGCUGUGGUUUAGAGUUCAAACGGAAAUUUGUUAAAAUCAAAUCGUUUUUAGAAGACAUUAUAUUAAAGGGUCCUGUCACGUGGCCUAUCGCUGUAGCCACGGAAUGUAUACCUUAAUGUUGCAUGAAAUUAAUUUUUGAAUAAACUUUUUAUAUUCUUUUACAAAGAAAGCUUCCUUUUUCUUCGUAUGUCCAAUACAAAU